CUUUCCAUCUCCCCGACCCCGUCGGAUUCGGAUGAGCCCACAGCAGGGAGACGCAGACACCAGGUUGCAGAUUGAACUAAACCAAGAAGUUCACAGACUGACCAACGCUGUUCUGACGUACAACAGAAGGCAGGGUGUUCUGCCUGCCCAGCAGGGCCCCUGUUGACCGCUGAUAACUUGGCUUCAUUGCUGGCUUGUGUAGAAAAUUCUCUCUGUUGAAUUUCUUUUUCUUUUUUGCACAUGGAGGACAAUAGCAAGGAGGUCAACACAGGCUGGUGAGACCAGAGACUACAGGAAGAUUCUUUUACCGUGGGCCUUUGGGACUCUCCUCUAGUUGGAUUUCUGGACUUGGACAGAACUCCAUCCAGCCAUUUUGGUUUUGCUUUCUAUUUUUUUUUUCUUUUUCAUUUCCCCACCACAUUGUAUUUUCUUUGUGUACUUCAGCAAUGGGCGUACAGACCACACAGUGGCCCAGCCAUGGGGCUUUUUUCUUGAAAUCUUGGCUUCUCAUUUCUCUGGGGCUCUCCUCACAAGUGUCAAAACUCCUGGGGUGCCCCAGUGUCUGCCGCUGCGACAGGAACUUUGUCUACUGUAACGAGCGAAGCUUGACCUCAGUGCCUCUUGGGAUCCCGGAGGGCGUAACCGUGCUCUACCUCCACAACAACCAAAUUAAUAAUGCUGGAUUUCCUGCAGAACUGCACAACGUGCAGUCAGUGCACACGGUCUACCUUUACGGCAACCAACUGGAUGAGUUCCCCAUGAACCUCCCCAAGAAUGUUCGAGUUCUCCAUUUGCAGGAAAACAACAUUCAGACCAUUUCACGGGCAGCUCUUGCUCAGCUCUUGAAGCUUGAAGAGCUGCACCUGGAUGACAACUCCAUAUCCACAGUUGGGGUGGAAGACGGGGCCUUCCGGGAGGCUGUUAGCCUCAAGCUGUUGUUUCUGUCCAAGAAUCACCUGAGCAGUGUGCCUGUUGGGCUUCCUGUGGACUUGCAAGAGCUGAGAGUGGAUGAAAACCGAAUCGCUGUCAUAUCAGACAUGGCCUUUCAGAAUCUCACGAGCUUGGAGCGUCUGAUUGUGGACGGGAAUCUCCUGACCAACAGAGGCAUUGCUGAGGGCACCUUCAGCCACCUCACCAAGCUCAAGGAAUUUUCAAUCGUAAGGAAUUCGCUCUCCCACCCCCCAUCUGACCUCCCUGGUACGCAUCUGCUCCGGCUGUAUCUGCAGGACAACCAGAUAAACCACAUCCCUCUGACGGCCUUCUCCAACCUCCAUAAGCUGGAGCGGCUGGAUAUAUCCAACAACCAGCUGCGUGUGCUGACUCAAGGGGUCUUUGACAAUCUCUCCAACCUGAAACAGCUCACUGCUCGGAAUAACCCUUGGUUUUGUGACUGCGGUAUUAAAUGGGUCACAGAAUGGCUCAAAUACAUCCCUUCGUCUCUCAACGUCCGAGGUUUCAUGUGCCAAGGUCCUGAGCAAGUCCGUGGGAUGGCUGUCAGGGAGCUGAACCUGAAUCUUUUGUCAUGCCCCACCACGACCCCCCGCCUGCCUGUCUUCACCUCAGCCCCAAGUACAGCUUCUCCAACCACUCAGCCACCCACACUGUCUGUCUUAACUCCUAGCAAAAGCUAUACACCUCCGACUCCUACCAGCUCGAAACUUCCCACUAUUCCCGACUGGGAUGGCAGAGAAAGAGCGACCCCGCCCAUUUCUGAACGGAUCCAGCUCUCUGUCCAUUUUGUGAAUGAUACGUCCAUUCAAGUCAGCUGGCUGUCCCUCUUUACUGUGAUGGCAUACAAACUCACCUGGGUGAAAAUGGGCCACAGUUUAGUAGGGGGCAUCGUUCAGGAACGCAUAGUCAGUGGGGAAAAGCAGCAUUUGAGCCUGGUUAAUUUGGAGCCCAGGUCCACCUAUCGGAUUUGUUUAGUGCCACUGGAUGCUUUUAACUACCGAGCCGUGGAAGACACCAUUUGCUCCGAGGCCACCACCCACGCCUCCUAUUUGAACAAUGGCAGCAACACUGCUUCCAGCCACGAGCAAACGACCUCCCACAGCAUGGGUUCCCCUUUUCUGCUGGCGGGCCUGAUCGGGGGCGCAGUGAUAUUUGUGCUCGUGGUCUUGCUCAGCGUCUUUUGCUGGCACAUGCACAAAAAGGGGCGCUACACCUCCCAGAAGUGGAAAUACAACCGAGGCCGGCGGAAAGAUGACUAUUGCGAGGCGGGCACCAAGAAGGACAACUCCAUCCUGGAGAUGACGGAAACCAGCUUUCAGAUCGUCUCCUUAAAUAACGAUCAGCUCCUUAAAGGAGAUUUCAGACUGCAGCCCAUUUACACCCCAAAUGGGGGCAUUAAUUACACAGACUGCCACAUCCCCAACAACAUUCGAUACUGCAACAGCAGUGUGCCAGACCUGGAGCACUGCCACACGUGACAGCCAAGGCCCCGUGGUCCACAGGCAGACAGUGAAACUCCCAAGAACACACACCCGUGUGCACAUAAAGACACGCCAAUUACAUUUGAUAAAUGUUACCCAGAUGCAUUUGUGCAUUUGAAUAGUCUGUAAUUUAUAUGGUGUACUAUAUAAUGGGAUUUAAAAAAAAAAGUGCUAUCUUUUCUAUUUCAAGUUAAUUACAAACAAUUUUGUAACUCUUUGCUUUUUAAAUCUUAAGAAAAAUAUAUAGUUGCUGAAGUACUGUACAGGGUUGUACAAAGAGAACCCGACGCCAAGGCAAAAGAACGAGUGAUUCUUCCUUAUGAUGCACAUUAACCACUUUGCUGUUGAAGCUGUCAGAAUGAAUUCUUUUCCUAGAGCCGGUGGUCAGAUGAGAGGGCAGGUGAAAAUGGAUUCACCAAGGUAGGCUACAUAAAAGGGGUCAAAUAAAGAAGGACCGAGAUAUCUUCAUGCUAUUUCUAUACUUCCUGGUCUGGAAGAAAUGUAAAAAAAAAAUAUCCAAACUAUGUAAGUAUGCAGGUAGUUACCCUCCUUUGACCUAAAACAGGAAAUGGAGAAAGCAUCACGAGGAAGUCAGUUCCUGUGAGAUAAGUUAAAAGCCUGGCAGAGCCAAAAACGUGAGAUGAAUUUUGGAAAGACCCUUAAGCCUGGGGGUUGGCAAUUGUUACCAGGAACUUACAAAAUCACUCCUCAUGUUUCCCUGGCCCUUUGUGAUAACAGAGUUAGAGACCUGAGUCUGAUAUUAGUCGUCUUCGGGGACAGGUCAAAUGUCCCAGCAAGAAAAUCCCCUUUAAAAGUGUUACUCUUCAAAAUUCUAUGUCAGGUUGAAUCACAUUCAACAGAGAUAUAUUCUAGAAUACUUUUUUUAGAAGAUGCUAAUAAAAAAAAUAAUGGGAAGAUUAUAUUGAAUGGAAUUAUUUUUGAUAAUGAGAAUUAUUUGUUUGGGUAGAUUCAUCGCAGCUAUGUCAACAUGAUAUUUAGGCCAACAAGGGAGCAGUGUUUGAAUAUACUACAACAACUUGUUACCGGUUACCGUGUAGACAAAAGCAAGUGAUCAGUGUUUCAGCUUUACAGUGUCAAUUGCCUUUGUUAGUAUCAUGUUGAAAUAGCGUGAAUUAAUACCUUUACCCCCUCACAAAUUCUUGUCUUCCAGUCGCCUCACAUAUAUUUUCGUAAUUAGCUAUUAUGCUGUUUGCUUUUCUCCCUCCGCUCCCUGCUCAAAAUUUCAAAGAUUUUUAAGAUGCCAGUCUUUGUUGCACAAAAUAUUCAUACAUAUUUACACAAUUAAAAACAGAUACUAGGUUGAACUGGUAAAAUUCUGUAAGGACACAUUAAAUCUGGCCAAAAUAAUGUAGUUUUUGAAAGCCUUAUUGCGUUUCUCGAAAGCCUCGGACAGUGAUCCUGUCCCAUUUUUAAAAUUUUAUUUAUUCCUUGUCAAUUUUAGAUAUUUCUCUCCUUUGGGAAUUGUGGAGAGAUAAUGAGUCGUCUAUUAACAGGAUAACAGAGGAAAAACAGACAACUCAGAGGGGUUUGUUCCCUUGAUCUUGGCAGAGCUGGGCACAGUGCAGUGGGCAUAGAGAAGAGAGGGGGUGUUCAUGCCCCACCCCAGGAGGCAUAUACAAUUCAUUCCUUCCCUUCCCUUAGAUUUAGAAGGGCUAUAGAUCACACACAUUAUCUAAAAAACACACCCAUGGAAAAUUCUUUUCAAAAUCAAAUUUAGGCAUUUCACUCUGUGUUACGUAUUUUAUUUACCACUGACCAUUGUUUUAGGGACCCAACAAGAUAAUGUUUGUGUGCACUUGCUCUCUCUCUCUCUUAUACACUCAUUUAAAAAUAAUAGAACUGUGAUGUGUCUUACUUGUAAAAUUUUAGGUAUAAAAUGCUAUGCAAGCUUUUUCUUUGUAGUGAGAGCUUUAUUUUCUUUAAUAAUAGAGCCCCAACUUAUGUUUUAUUCUCUCUUAUCACUCAGAAUAAGCCGAAAAUAUAAUUGAAGAUACAAUGUUCUAGACACCAUCAUUGAAACUCUGCAAUCAGUUGAGCGGAAAUUGACUAUGAAUUAAUUUGACUUAAUGCUACAGUGCUUUGGCCUCCAUUUUAGUCAAUUAGCUAGGGAGUUCUGGCUGUUGCCUUUUUAGAGCCAGGUCCACACGAUGAAGGGGUAAGACUGUCUGUGAAGGUGAGCGUUGGAGCAGUGAGCCAUCUACAGUCAGGACACCGACAUGGGGUCUUGCGUAUGUAACUCAACAAUCCCUUCCACUGCCCUCUUCCCCUUGGCUCUGUAGAUAAGACUAUGUGUUAAAACGAUGGUACUUGGAGGUUUUGUUUCUUUUAUCCACAAAAUAGUCAUUCUUAUUUACUGGUGGUGUGUGGAUAACCCUCGGUGGGAUAGUUGGCUGCUGAAAUGAUGUGCUUUGGGCCAAGAAGACCAAGGCCGCAGAGGUGUCUUUGCUGUCUUAUGGGACUCUCAGACUGAUUUGGGGCUAAGUGGUACACGGGGGAUCUAGUCUUGUGAACUGGUUGGGGUGACCUAAAGAGGAACCUUUGCUAGGAGGUGUGCCUGAAGAGGUAGAAUCUGAUGACGGGCUUCACUUUCAUCUUGUGCCCAACACGACAAAGCGGCCAACAUGAAAUUCAGCCCCUGUCUGUGAUGACAUCCCUGAGGCUCUCACCUACACCAGGACACAACGCACAUCAUGAGAUUUGUAACGUGUGUUAGGGAGCCCGCUAAACAACCAUCAUGCUGGACUAUGCUUCAACGGACAUUUUCAGCCAUGAGAAUAUCGUUUGUUGACCCAUCUGCCCUGUAUUUAGCCCACUGUUGCAGACAUUCUUAGGUAUUUUGAGGUGUUCAGUCGAGUGACAAGGGUGAACAAAGCCAUCUUCACUGGCUUAUAAAGAGUUUGGUGCCAUC